UCCGCCUUCAUGGUCAACAUCACGAUCUCUUUCCUUCCUUCCUUUGCGAUUUAGCCACAAUAGUCACUCAUUGACGUGUUACUGUCGGCUCUUAUAGAACAUGUCAUCCCAAUCCACUCAAAAUCCCCCUUCCCAGCCCGAACAAGGCGGUUCCUGGGACAAGGCGGAAAGGAAGUUCUCCAAUAAAUCCGCAAGCGAAUACUAUGAUCCAUGCCAGGACUUUGCAGAUCGGAGUCUCAAAUGUAUGAAGCGCAAUGCGUUUGAUCGUGAGAUGUGUCACGAUUACUUUCAGGCUUAUCGGGAUUGUAAAAAGAAUUGGGUAGGUGUCUACUGGGCUAUAUUCCCCUCCAUCCUCGACAGGAUCCUGCAUACGCCUGGCCGCAUACCUUGUCCCAGGCAAACUUAUCAGCAGUUCUAACAUUCGCGCAGUUGACGCAAAAGAAGUUUUCUUAAGAAUCUAUCCCGGGCUUUGUAAAGCAUCACGCCGGCAUUGGUUCGCUACCGCCACUUUCGCCUAGUCUUCAUGG